AUUGUGUAAAAUGCCCUCGCAGACAGAUUCGUUUCGACCAAAGCAGACAGGACAGAAGCUAAGUCCGAGAUGAUCUGUAUUCACGAAAUGGCCUCACAGACCGUCGCUGAGAGUAAAGAGCAAUUUCGAGCUGGCGACGGCGAUGGGGAAGAGGAGGAAGAUGGAGAAGAAACGUUAGAUCCCCGUGUGAAGGGAGAGCUCGAUCGGCUGAACUCUUCGACAGCAGAAAUCAACCGCCUAGAACAAGAUCUCGAGGAUCUCCAAGCAACCUUCAGGCAGACCCUAACAGAGUCGGCAUACAUUCUUAAAAGUCAAGCCACCUUUUUAGGAAAGUGCAUAAAUCAGGCGCGCCCUUAUUAUGAUGCUGUCCGUAAAGCAAAGCAGUCGCAGAUUGAGACACAGAAAGCAGCCUUGAAAUAUGAGAGAGCAUGCAGUGCUCACCAGGCAGCCAAAAAAAUGCUUGCCAUAGCAGAGCAGAGACUGGUUUCUACAUCCAAAGAACACAAAGUACUGGAUCCAACAUGGCAAGAAAUGUUGAAUCAAGCUGUUCUUAAGGUGAUGGAGUCUGAUAAGGAGCGAGCUCUGUGCGAAAGAGAACAUCUUGAGACAGCACAUACAUUCAGUGAAGCUGGUAAUCAAGUGACCGAGUUGAGAACAAAACUGAAGUCUGCUAUUACCAAAUCAAGGCCAUAUUUUGAUUUGAAGAUGAAGUAUGACCAAAUCUUAGAGGCUCACAAGAAGCAAGUUGAAAUCACCCAAGAAGGUCUCCAACAAGCAAAACAGAAGUACUCCUUAGCUUUGAAAAACUUGGAAGGAAUCAGUGAAGAAAUACAUGAGAUGAGAAAAAGCCGCGAUAGCCUGGACACUAUCUUACACGAGCGAGAGGAGGGGGUUGGGGCAGAGUCUCCAGUCGGGGAUUUGUCACGUGAUGGUAUCAGACCUGAGACAGAAUUUAAUUUUAAGGAAUUGGGCGGUCGGUCUAACCAGCAAAAAGAGCGGCCAUGCUAUGGAUUCAAGAUCGCUCUAGUUUCAGCAUCAAGCCAAGCACAAACUAGCAAGGUCGUGGCAUUUGACCAGGCUGAAAGUGGGAUGCCUGUGGGUGAAAGAGAUGGGGACCCUGAGGGAUGCAGCUCUGUCGAUGAGCAACAGUUAGGUGUGGCAACCAGACAUCAAGACUUAUCCAAGAGGGAAGAGAGCGAGUUGGACCCUAUUAUUUGCCAAGGUGAAAAUAAUUCAGCAACCUUACAGGACAACACAGAGGCAAUUGAUACUCAGGGUGCUCCCUUGUUUGAUGACAAAGACCAACAGCAUAUUGCACAGCAGGCCACUGACCCUGUAAGUAACAUAGCUGAAGAUGAGAUGUGUUCUGCCACAGAAAGAACUUCAUGUGAUAGUGCAAAUAAAAAUGAUUUAGAAUUACUUGUUGAAGACCCCACCAACAAAACUACAGAUAAUUGUGAGACUUGUAAUGAUGACGUGGAAAAAGAAACUACGGCUAGCGAGACUCCUACGGAACUGCAAAGUGAAGUUAGCAUUGUACUUGUAGCUGAUAAUACGGCAAAUGAAGAUGCUACUCGAGUAAUUGUUGACUCUGCCGAUUUUGAUUCAAUGGAAGAAGCCGCUAAACAGCAAGUUUUAAACGAGGAUAUUGCUGAUGAGUCAAGUGAAUUAUUAGAACAGGAACGUUCAAUUCCUAGCCACAGAGUGACAGUUGAAGAAGGACGCGAAACUGAGAUUUUACCAUGUAGUGAUGUGGAAUCGUCUUCUCAUUUAACGGAGGAUUGCGCGAUUGCGACCCCGUCUUGUUGACACUAAGGAAAUGCCUGGAUGAGCUCACUGAACAUGCUCCAGCGUGAUAGGGGAGAUACCCAAUGUUGAUUUUAUAUCGGGGAAACGAGUGUUCAAAACGAUUGCCGAUUUUUAUUGUCCAAUUGGAAAACAAAGCGAACUCUCCCGAAAUUUUAGCGCUGUUAAGUUGCGUCAUGUGUGACGUCAUUUUACCUGACAACCAUAAGGACAUGUCCCGGAGGCUCAGUCUGGGAUUUUUUUAAAUUACGAAUUAAAUUAAAUUAAAUUAAAUUAAACGUGGUUACGAUAGUAAACCGGGCACAUUGUCAUUAUUUAAUAAAUGCAAUCAUCUUUUAUCCUGUAUGUAUAUUUUAACUGUAAAUACAAAAGUAAAUCUAAGAAAGAGAGCAUUUAUUUAAAAGGAAUAGGUAGGUUAUGAACGAACUUGUGUCGUACUUAUUUAGCAGUCGGUCAUUCAAGGGAGGAAUGUAAUGCUAAUCCAGGAAUUGUGUUAACUUCGAACUGUGUACGUUGUUCAGGUGAAUGUUCUCACUGUGUUUUUUCCUUGAUUUUAGUUUUGUCUUUCCUGUUUUUUUUAGUAACCGAAAAGGGAAAUAAAAACUGCAACAAGAACAA